UUGUCACAUUUCCAGUGAAGCUUAGUGCAAGUUUCUCAUAAAAAUAUUUAAAUUUCAGCAUAAAAAUCACAAAUAUAUAGAUAAAAAUGGUGGAAGCUCAGAAGUAUAGGAUAGAACAGGAGAUGACCAAUCUUGUAAAUGAACUAGACAAAAGUUAUUUGCGAAAAAUGCAGGGUGAUAUGCACAGAUGUGCAGCUAAAUGUUGUGACGACCCACAGUCCUCACUGGAGAGAGUACAUGGCUGUAUAGAGAACUGCACAACUCAACUAAAUCAAGCAAAUAAUUAUGUUCAGAAUGAAAUAAACUCCUUACAAAACAGACUGCAGCGAUGUGUGAUGGAUUGCAACGACUUGGCACGAGACAAGCUGGGCGCUGAUCCUAGUCAAGAAGUUAUAGACAAGUGCACAAUACAAUUUGAGAACUGCGCCAUCAAAUGUGUGGACAAGCACAUAGGCCUUAUUCCUAGCAUGAUGAAGACAAUGAAGAAAGUACUGGCGAGCGGCAAACCACCUCCGAUGACUAAUGCAUGAAACCUGGUUAUAGAAUAUAAGACUUUAGUUUGUAGUACAGUCUGUCAAAAAAGGAAAGAUGCUGAACUGAGUAUGUAGGUAUCACCCUGACACAAAUUUUAUUUGAUUCAAUAUUAUUUAGUGGUAAUUUUUUAUUUGUAUGUUUCUAUCGCAUUGGGGUAAAUACUGUAAUAGUAGAAAUAAGUAUGGAAAUAAAGAAAUAAAAUAAACAAUAUUAUACUUUUAAUAUGAUUUUAAAAUUAUGCUUGGUGUCUACUUUUUUUGACAAGCUGUAUUGAUUGAGGUUAUUAUUUGUGGGUCAAACCCUGAUGAAAUUGUUGAUAAUCCUAUGUAUUACAUAGUACACUACAUCAAUUAUUUUGGAUGAUAUUAAAUGAUGUGUUUUGGGGAUGCGAAGGCACUUAUUGCAAGAAUUUUUUUACCAAGUCAGCGUAUAUGUCAUGUACGUUUUUGAUUUAUUUAAUUUACAGUUACUACUUGGUUACUACUGCCCCCGUAGACAAGUGG